GAGAUACAGGAGCAGUGAUAGAAAAGAGACGUAUCUUGGUGGGUUGCCCUCUGCCUUCGCUCCCCUCUUUAAUUUUUGUUAUAUUUUCAGUUGGUUGCCAAUAAAUGUUUGCAGCGGCGCAGCGAUUUCUCGGCUGCCGUUUAUCCCCGGGCCACUUUCCGUUUGAAUUACAGCGCUUGCUUUGAGAGAUUCUGAAUUACGGCUGCGAUCCAAUCCUGCAAUGAGAGAAACGGACUGAAUAAAUGUUUAUCCCUUUUCUGGUACCGCUGCUACUGCGUGCACACGGGGUGGAAACCAGCGAUGCAGUGUAAUGGCAAGUCGCGUUCUGUCGCUUUUUUCCUAGAAGACUUUUAAAUGUAUUUUUAAGAUAUUUUUUUAAACGACGGCACCGUUUAUCGUUUUGAUUUCUGCUCCUACCGUGGCGUUUUGUCACAAUGAGGCAUGUGUGAGUGGUUUAAAAAAAAUGAGGAAGCACAUUGUUACAGAGAUACCCAGAAAGACACAGGCCUCGUCGUUUGCAGGCCUUGAUUUGGGUUAAAAAGGGGGCAAAGAGGACAACGGAGGCAGUGAGAUAAAAAAAAAAAAAACUAAAAUAAAAUGGGAUAAAAACGAGGAACGCAAGGAGAGAACACAAUUUUCAUUACUCACCGUGGCUCGUGCACGUUCGAAGUCUUUCCGAACAAGCAGCACUUUUUGUUUCAUACAUAAAACUGAUUGUUUUUUAAUUAAUUUGUCCCUUUUCAUGGGUGCAUACAAUCUUACGUUUGUUUUUUAAAACUUUUUUUUUUUUUUGUAUUUUAUUGAAAUUUGUUCUGGACCCAGCUCUGACUGUUCAAUGGAAGUAUGUUAUCAGCUGCCGGUUUUACCCCUGGACAGGCAGGUUCCCAAACAUGUUCUUAGCCGGCGGGGAGCCAUCAGUUUCAGCUCCAGCUCGUCUCUCUUCAGGGGAUCAGACCCCAGAAAGCUGUCGCAGAGACGAGGGGCGAUCUCCUAUGACAGCUCUGACCAGACGGCCCUCUACAUUCGCAUGCUCGAUGUGAGAAUCAGAAGCCGGUUGGGGUUUGAACCAGAGCGCCGCUCGCCUCCCUACCCGUGCGUGGAUUUCCGAAUUUUGCACUCCCGGCCCGAUUCCUCGGGGUCCACAUCCACCCGGAACAUCCGCAGACUACUGAGUUUCCAGAGGUACCUCCACUCAUCCCCCCUCUACAGGGGCGUCCCGGCCCAGAACCCCCUCCACAUUCUGGACGAUGACUACACCGGCCAGGCAAAGUGCAUGCUGGAAAAGGUUGGCAGCUGGAAGUUUGAUAUAUUUCUGUUUGACAGAUUAACCAAUGGAAACAGUCUGAUCACCCUCACCUUCCAUCUGAUUAACCAUUAUGGACUGAUCCAGCUCUUCCAGUUAGACAUGGUGAAACUUCGCAGAUUCCUAGUCAUGGUCCAGGAAGACUACCACAGUCAGAACCCCUACCACAAUGCUGUCCACGCUGCGGACGUCACCCAGGCCAUGUACUGCUACCUGCAGGAGCCCAAGCUCUCCAAGUCCCUCACUUCCUGCGACAUCCUUCUGGGCCUGCUGGCAGCUGCGACACACGACCUGGACCAUCCAGGGGUCAACCAGCCUUUCCUCAUCAAAACCAACCACUAUCUGGCAGCUUUGUACAAUAAUACCUCAGUUCUGGAGAACCACCACUGGAGGUCAGCGGUGGGCCUGCUGCGUGAGUCCGGCCUCCUCUCCCACCUGCCAGCAGAGGAUAGGCUGAACAUGGAGAAGCAGCUGGGCUCUCUGAUUCUAGCCACGGACAUCAGCAGGCAGAACGAGUACCUGUCACAGUUCAGGACCCACCUGAACAAGCAGGACCUCUGCUUGGGAAACGCGGGCCACCGCCACUUUGUUCUCCAGAUGGCGCUGAAGUGCGCGGACAUCUGCAACCCCUGCCGGCCCUGGGACCUGAGCAAGCAGUGGAGUAAGAAGGUCACUGAGGAAUUCUUCCACCAAGGGGACGUUGAAAAGAAACUCAGACUUGAAGUCAGCCAGCUGUGUGACAGACAGUCGGACUCUGUUGCAAAUAUUCAGAUUGGUUUCAUGACGUUCGUGGUGGAGCCCCUGUUUGCGGAGUGGGCCCGGUUCUGCGACACGCGGCUGUCCCACACCAUGCUGGACCACCUGGAGCAGAACAGGACCCGGUGGAGGCGGGUUCUGCAGGAGCAGGCCUGCAGUGAGGAGGAACCGGGCCGACACGCGAAGGACGGUGCCCGCAAACCGUUACCUCAGGGAAGCUCAGAGUCGUGACCCCGGCCCCAUCAGAGGGCCCGGCGGGGGAGAGGAUCAGAGCUGGUCUGAACCGGUCUGACCCGCCACCUCCAGCGCCAAGCGCAACGCCUUUGCCACAGUCGGGACACAUGCCUACCCCUUUGCGUAAACCACUGAUUUUAUUUAAUUUAUUGUGUUUUAACUUCCUUUUGUCCUCACAUAGAGCAAUACAUAGAUACCUCACGUGGCUUUUUGCUGUACUUUGACUUUGGUAUGUUUUCUAUUUAUUUAUUAUUUUUCCUGCAGUUGUAUUUUUUUUUCCAUUUUAGUUCUUUUCCUUUUCAGUUUCGCUAUAACUGCACAGGCCACCCUUUAGAGAGAGACCAAAAGGGAACAGGGUGUGAGGGUACAGGUGCCAUUUUUGUAAUGCGUUUUCGUUUCGUUUGAAAGCGAUGAAACCCGCAGAGUGGUCAGAGCAGGGGGGCCCCCGCCUGCCUGUGUUUGAAGCAUCUGAAACCAUUUGCAUCUGAUGCAUUUGAAACCAAUCUUCCUUCUUGAGUACAAAAAAAAAAUGUGAAGGAGCCCGCUGUUUUUGCUGCCUCUUGAGGACUGUUUACAAUGUUUCUGUUUUAUGUCGUGUUCCGAAUCAAAGGCGUUGCUUCUGCAAUUUUGCCUUUAAGCAGAGAUGCAAAGUGCCACUGUCAUGGGGACUUACGAGGGCCUCAUGAUGGCCUAAUGUUCCAGAACAAAAUCAUCUGACUGCAGCUCAGAUGCACCGAACGCCGUAGAAGAUGCCAUUGUUGCAUUGUGCAACAAUGCAGACCGGACUCGCAGCUCCAGAGCCUGACCCGACUGCAGUGCGGAGACUGUCCUCCCGGCUGCGAGGGGGGGGAGUAAAAAAAAUCAGCUCAGUCGCCGAAAAACAUGAAAAUCUCUUUUUACAGAUGGCAAAGUAUGUAGCCUUUGCUGCCUUUCAGCACUGGAAUAACCACUCUUUCACAGAAGGUGCAGCUAACCAGAAUGGCCAGAAUUUCGCUCAGGGUAUUUUGUCAGUUCAUCUGCAAGGAGCUAAGAGAGAGAAAAGUUCCUUUAAAGGUAGCGACCCCC